CAAGUACACGACGGUAAUGUGGCCCAAUUCUGAAUCGUGCCCAUCAACGGGAAGAAAAUGCUUUCUUAUAUUUCCCGAGGGAUCUACCCGACUCAAGCCACUUAUCUUUUGGGAUUCAAAAGUCAAAAUUGUGCUUGCAUGAUAAGCACAAGGGGAAAUUCAAGCACAAGUAACGAUCUCAAGGAAGCUCUUUGCGAAAAAAUACCAGUUCAUUAUGACCUGGUGAGAAAAUUUCGACAUCAGUAUGGACCGGCAAUAGUUGGUCAGGUGACUGUGGACGAUUUAUAUCGUGGGUUGAGGGGUGUGAACACCAUUGUCAGGGAAACUUCGGAAUUGGACAAAAAAUUUGGUAUCAAAUACAGAGGAUUGACUAUUCCACAAGUAAUUUCUCUUUUACCAAAAAAUCGAGGAACCAGUCCAAGUCCUGAAGCCGUUUUUUGGUUACUGUUGACUGGUGACGUGCCAACGCAGGAGCAGACGAAAUCCUUGAUAGCUGACUGGACGUCGCGACGUCAAAGACUGAAGGAAUGGUGGUCAGACAAUGAAGGUGGAACAAUUGGAAUGAUAAUAAGAUCAUUGCCGAAGAACGUUACGCCAUUGGGGAAACUUUGUAUAGCCCUGACAGCCUUGAAUGCUGAUAAAUAUGCCCAGGAAGCUACGAAAACUGGCGCUAUGAGUCAUACGCAGUGGGAAUACAUAUUUGAAGACUGUAUGGAACUAUUGGCUACACUGCCUGCGAUCAUAGGACUGGUGAGCAGCGCGAAAAGUCCCAAAAGUGUUCCACAGGAUGGAGACUGGGUAGACUUUCUUUUGGACUGUUUAGGAAACAUUUCUCAUGCAGAGGAAAGUAGGAAAAGUUCCUUAGCUGAUUUUCUUAGGCUCUACAUUGCCCUGAAUGCUGACGAAGAUGGCGGAUUGCCUGCAACGCACGUAACUCAAAUAUUAGCUGAUUCCCAGGUAGACGUGAGCCAAGCUCUGGCAGGUGGAUUUUUGGCUUACAAGAAUGAGCCAAAAGCUGGAUCAUUGUUAAAGUGCAUGGACUUUCAAUUAAGGCUACAAAACAUCCUCGGUCAAGAACCAGCCAAUGAAAUCUUAAAGAAUUUCUUAAGGUCUUUAGCCGAGAAGAGUACGAAAAUACCAGGAUACGGGGAAUCAGAAUUUUGCGACCCUCGAUUCUUGGCACUAAGAGAAUUCCUCAAGGAACAUGUUUCCUAUGAUUCUGAGAUCAAGCUGUCCCAAGAAAUAUCUAAAGUUCUGAGUAUAAUGUUAAGGAAGACUAAAGGAAAGAGUAUCUGGCCAAAACAAAAUGCAAUCGCUGCACCUGCAUUUAGAGCUUAUGGAUUAAGAGACAUGGAAUUUAAUCAAGUUUUCUUGUGCAUGUCAAGAGCCUUGGGAGCAGUAGCUUCAAUAAUUUGGUCAAGAGCCAUGUGCACGCCUGAAGAAAAUCCAAAAUCAAACUCCACCUACACAUAUUGUGAAUCAUUGCAAGAAAUCCGUAAAAAACCCACGAAAUUGAGCACUGUUAAAUAUACGAAAUACUUACCAAAAUGAUUUAUUAUACUGCCAAAAUAAGUCUGUAUUAAUCUCGUUAACAUCGUACAAUGAAGA